AUACUGUUGGUACGUCAUCGAUGUUUCACAUAUCUUGACAUUUCAUUAUAAACUAAAAAGUAUAUUUCCAAUAUUUUUUGAACAUAGCGAGUGAUAGUUCAACAUCUACGUAGCCUGUUCCAGUUACAAUGCAAUGAAAAUUAUUGGGGAACUUUGGGGAAAUCCCCAAAGUCAAAUGACCUUGGAGCCUAGGUUCCAAUAAUUGAUGACCAGGUGUUAUCCGAAGCAAUGAUGUCUGUACCUUCAAUUUACUAAUUCAAGAGAGGCCUGGACACUCAUAGAAGCAUACUAGAAAAGGAAUAACAUAGGCCGUAGGUUUUCUGUUCUUACUACUCAAAUCUGAAUUUGAUCUCAUCCAUUUCAAAUACAGCAUACCCGCCAUGGCAUAAAUUGUUGAAAGCUGUUGGGAAGGUGGCUGUGUGUUUUGAGAGGACUUCAUCCUUCUAAUAUUAUGAUAAUUUCAUAUCGUUGCCUUUCAAUUUACAGUCAAAGUGGUUUUCAGGAGCUAUUAAUAGGCUUAUUAGUAAUACGAAUCCUGUCUACAUGUAGUCCCGAGCUCCCAAUUUUGGGGAAAAUUUUACCUAUUUUGGGGAAAUUCUGGGGAAAUGGCACAAAAACCCCAAAAUUUCCCCAGACCUUGGAGACGUUCCCCAAAAUUUCCCCAAAGCUCCCCGAAAUUGGGAGCUUGGGGUAAUAUAUAUAUUAAGAUGUCGUAUUUCUAUUCAUAAACUAAUCUUUAACUGUAUCUGAUUAACCGGAAAGUGGCUGGGGAUUUAUAUCAUUUUGUUUUCUACUCACCUUUAUACUAUCCUUUUGCCUAGAAAUUUAGAUGCGGGCAAACCAACCCAAGCUCCCAACUUAGGGGAAAUUUUGGGGAACUUCCCCAAAGUCAGGGAAAAUUUCGGGAAAUUUCCCCAGUCUUUAAAGACUGGCUUCUGUCCAUAGUUUUUGACUAAUCCAACAACUGUUGGUGAGUUGUGUAGACUACAUUGUUCAAUUUUAUUAAAGUAUAGAUCAACCCUUGGCCUUCUUCAGUAAUUUAAAUAUAAUCCGCCAAAGGAAUAUUUCAUUGUAAAGCUUUCUUCCGAGUCAUAGGCCUAUGACUCGUGAGAGAAUAUAUUCUCUCUUGCCAUCAUGAAUUUCCUUAAGAAUUCUGUUGCUGCAUAGUAUUUAGUUGUUAUGCUAAUUACGUUCAGUCUCUUCAAGUCAGUGCAAUACUCCAGUUGGUCCUAUAGGACCAACUGAAGCUAUACACUAUCUACAUGGGCAAACUUGGGUAUUUCUUAUGUUUUGUGUCGCAUUUCUCUCGAAGUUUUCAAUAGGACUCUCAAAUUUGUGAUUUAAAUAAAGCAAAGUUCCAACCCAUAACAUUGAAUUAAUAUAUAGACAGUUUGUACUGUAAAAGUUAGGUCUGAUCGAAUUGCAUUACCAUUUCUGAUAAUUAACAAAUCACAUUGACUUAAUAAGUUUUCUAUACUGCACCAGAUUACAUUCGUAAAAGUGCAGACUGCAUUUGAUUUAUUUAUUGGCUGAUUUGAUGAAUCGAUGUGAGGAUCUUAAGGAACGUGUUCACGUUUUGCAGCAAGAGCUUGAAAAGAAACGUUUGCUUCUUCAGAAGGCUGAAAAAAAAUUAAAGUCUACUUUCAUCACCCAGCCGAGCAUUUUGUUGCCUGUAACAGAGGAAACAUCUGAAGUAAUUCCGGAAGGUUCUGAAAUUACUAAUGUGAAACUAUUCGGAUCAAGUGAAUCACCGGUGCAAGGUGUACUUAUUCAACCUACCAGCGAAGAGUGUUGCAGACACAUUACUUUCUGUGUUUUAGGGUCCUGUAUUCUUUUAUCGAAUUCUCUGUUAAUUACUUUGUACGACUCGAAUCAUAUGCUCACUUUGUAUAGUAUAUCACUUUGUAACAAUGAAUCACGGUUAUUGUGGGAAAAAAAGCUGUUUGUCUCCGAAGUGACACUUUUGGAGAUUAUUAUACCUCCAGGUAGCUCCUAUAAAGAAACUGUUCAUAUAGGCGUCUUAUUGGCUGAAAAACACUCACCAAAAAGCUUACCAGUCCUAUUGCUAUCAUUAUUCAUGUUUUCUAUCCCAAUUGUUUUCAGCUUUACAGUUGAUAAUCAUUUAACUCACCUAUGCCUUACGGAUGUACAAACAGUCCCUGUAAUAAAUACGAAUUUCAAUACAGAUCGUACGUGUUCUUCGGGAAUUGUGUACGAAUUUUAUGUCAAUCGUAAAAAUGAUCUAAUGUUUGUGUUAUAUGUUCCUGAUAUGCUUUCAUACACCAUUCAUCAGUUAUCAUAUGAUGGGAAAUUAUGUUUAGUUCCUUUAUUGUGUCGCUGUGACGCAAUGGAUUCACCUAAGCCAAAAUUCAACUCUUGGUUUACUGCAUUAAGUCAUUGUACAGAAAAGCCGACAUCAUUAUCACAGUCAGUUUGUAUUCUAGGCAUUCAUUUCAAUCCAACAUCAACCGAACUUGUUGGUUGUCUCAUGCGCACAAACGACAGUGAGAAACAUAUUGUGGGUGAAUACGUGUCAAAACGGUUUACGUUCAGUAAAUUAGCACAGAACAUGUACUUAAAUGCUCCAGUGAAACCAUGUUCUAAACUUUUAGUUGUUGCAAGUGAACGGCCUAAUUUUCUGGUGUUUUCCGUUGUUGUAAAAAGCUGUUUAUUAAAUUCAUGCAAAUAUUACUUUACUAUGGGUGUUGUUUCAAUGAAUGGUAAACCUCGUGGAUCUGUUAUACGAUUAAUUCCUAUUCAUGUCGAUCAGCAAGAUGUGUAUGGAUCAGAAUUAGCUUGGAGCUUAUUUACUCCCCAAAACAGACCGUAUAGUCAGUGUUUGCUAAGAUUUGUCGCAUCAUGUGCUGAACAAAGAAAUUUAACUAUCAGUGCAUGGUCAGUUAAUAAAUUAGUAAUCGACUGUUGUGAUAAAACUUCCAGCAAUGAAGUUGUCAAGGUUUCUUGUUUUAACUUUUCUGAAGUAAAUAAGACAUUAAAUUUACUUAUUUUGUAUCAUUCAGAUUGUAUUUUCCCAAAGCAGAUUUGUACAUUGUACUAUAGUCGUAAUCUGAAUAAAAUUGUGCAACUGCACAGUUCAUAAACAUUGUUCAUUGUUGAUACUUUUUAGUCAUCUUUGUUAAGUUUUAAUUGUUCUAAGUACAAUCGUAAUGUUUAUUUACAUUGAGUGUGUUGCUACAUACGAACCUUAAAUUUUCUAAAAACCAUCUGUGUUGUUUAUUUA